CUGAGAGGGUGGCUAGAGCGGCCUUAGCAACGGUCUCUGAACUGUGUAGACUGCAGUUGGGCUGCGGGGCCGGCGGCUGAGACCGGGAGGUCCCGGCUGAGGGCACCGGUUGGUGACAUGGCAUCCAACUACUGCACAGGUUCAGACCAAGGGAAGAAAAGAGCAGCAAAACUUGAACUGAAUGAAACCCAAAAGCAAGAAAUUAAAGAGGCCUUUGAUUUAUUUGAUGUUGAUGGGUCUGGAACCAUAGAUGUGAAAGAACUGAAGAUUGCAAUGCAAGCCUUAGGAUUUGAACCAAAGAAAGAAGAAAUUAAAAGAAUGAUAGCUGAAAUUGACAAAGAAGGAAUUGGCACCAUUACUUUUGAAGAUUUUUUUGCCCUAAUGAGUGUAAAAAUGAGUGAAAAAGAUGAAAAAGAAGAAAUAUUGAAGGCUUUCAAAUUAUUUGAUGAUGAUGAUACUGGAAGCAUAACACUAAACAAUAUCAAGAGGGUUGCUAAAGAACUGGGGGAAAAUUUAACAGAUGAUGAACUUCAGGAAAUGCUUGAUGAAGCUGAUCGUGAUAGGGACGGAGAAAUAAAUGAGGAAGAAUUUUUGAGAAUGAUGAAAAAGACCACUCUUUAUUAAUACUUUUUUUAUUCCUUCUGGAAAGUUGUUAACAACUUUAUAUUUGCUAUACAGUUCCAUCAUAUCUGAAUGUAUUUUCAAGUUUUAGUUUAUAUGCACAAAUUGGUCUCUUGAUGUCUAAUCCAUGUGAGAAGUUACAUGUUUCUACCAAUAUGUUGUUAAAUCUGCAGCAUCAAGAAACAAAGAAAAUGUAAUGAUUUCUGUGAACCAUGGAUCCCAAACCAGUAUUAAUUCCAACUGCUACUUUUAGAGCUCCAGGGUCUGAAGACUUAGAAUUUUUUUAAGUUUAAUGAAACUGACCCCACAUCCAAAUGAAUUUGGCGAACAAGCAAUUAGUUUCCCUAUUAUUUUCUUUUUGUGCAACUCUUUAAAACUGAUAAAUAUUUACUUUUUAAUCAGUUAUUCAGAUAUGUAAAGUAUUAAAUAAAAUUGCCUAGCAACUACAUUAUUUGCUAGUUUUCCUCUUAUAAAGAAAUUCAAAGCAGUACUUGUACUACCUAGAUUUUCCUGUAAGUUUGACCCUGCAAGUGAGCUUUUAAUACCUCUGCAUGGGAGGUGCUAGGGAUUUUACAUAUGUUAUCUCAAUGUUACAAUUUGGGGAAGCUGGUAGUAUUAGCUCCAUUUUACUACAUAUGAGAAAACUAAAGUUCAGAGGACUUAAAAAUUGUUCAGUUGUUCAUAGAUAAUAAAUAAAACAUGGAUUCUAAAUCUUGUAUCCUUAUGCUUCACUAUGCAGCUUCCCUAUGGAUAAAAUAUCUCAGGAUAAUUUAAGUGUAUAUUUUCUAACUCAUUUAAUAUUACGACUCUUGUAAUUUAACUUUGUUUUGUUUUGUUUUGUUUUAUGAAAGAGCCAAACUGUUGGGAAAGGCAGUCUCAAGAUACAGUCUUUUGAUCCCCCACUGGGUCACACAAGACUGGGCCUUGGGCCUAGGAUACUUCUUUACCAAGAAAGAGUCUCUAUAGCUUAUGCUGGAAUUGUCUGUGAAUAUCUUUCCAUUUCAGACUCCAUAUGUACUUUUUUCUGCUUAAGCAUGUGUAUAAUAUGGUGCCUGUGUGUGUAAUAUGGCACCUGGCCAGCCCCACUUUGGAAAGGGGAUGUCCCCUUCAGAGAGGGUGGGAUCCUUCUGCAGCACAACAAGAUGGCUGUUUACGGGCGAGUUGCCCUGUAUUGGCUUCUGGGAGGGGCCAGCUGGCCAUGGGAAACCGACUUUUGCUACUGAAACUGAUACUGCUCUGUCUCUUCUCUAUAUGAAUGAAGAAUUUUUCCACCCAGUAGUUGACUGCAUUGUGUU